AUGCGUCACUGGUGGACAAGUUGGGUUACAACAUCCUUAACCUCGCCGGAGGAGGUGAAGCGGCUCCUGUCUCUGGGCGUCGACGUCAAUUGUAGGGGAUGGAGGAACUGGACACCGUUGAUGUGGGCAGCAGGGUAUGGAAACAGUGACGUGGUGGAGCUCCUGGUGAGUAAAGGGGCCGAUGUGUCACUGGUGGACAGGUUGGGUUACAACAUCCUUCACUUCGCCGGAGGAGGUUGGGUUACAACAUCCUUCACCUCGCCGGAGGAGGUGAAGCGGCACCUGUCUCUGGGCGUCGACGUCAAUUGUAGGGGAUGGAGGAACUGGACACCGUUGAUGUGGGCAGCAGGGUAUGGAAACAGUGACGUGGUGGAGCUCCUGGUGAGUAGAGGGGCCGAUGUGUCACUUGUGGACAGGUUGGGUUACAACAUCCUUCACCUCGCCUGUAUGGGAGGAGACUUAGAGACGGUGAAGUUUGUGCUGUCUCUGAACGUGGUGGACAUCAACGCCAGGAACAAGCGGGUGAAGACAGUUGCCGACCUGGCGAGAUACUGGGGACGUCCGCGAGUGGUGGAUCUGCUCGUGUCAUGCGGCGCUCAGUGACGUCAGUGUCGUGUUUGUGUAGACGAACGAAGAGACCUGACAGUGAUGUGGUGUGCCGUUCACGUCGUCGUGUGUAAAUAUGUCUUUAUUUACGUGAAGCUGUUUGUUGUGUUGGGAGAUGAAUAAAUCUUGUAAAAACUU